UUCUGGUUGUUUAAGUCUAAUUGAAGGAAUUCUGAGUGGAGGAUCGAAGGACUCUGCAUUCAUUCUAAAUUUAUGGCUACAUGCUCGGACAGGCUGAGCUGUUCGGAGGCUUUCGUCAUUGAUCUGGCUAGUUUGAUUGUAUAUUGAUUUUUUGAAUUAUUGGAGCUUUGAGGAUUCUAAAAGAAACUUGGGGCCUUGGAACGGGUUGCCUGAGGGGUUGGGAGAUGGACCAUUUGCUUCCGCCUACUGUUGGACCACCAAUAAAACGACGGGCGGGUUUACGAAGGAAACAAGCGGGAAGAGGUUCUUACAGAGGCAGCUAGGGCUAUGAAGAAAAUUUAGGGUUCUCUGUGGUUUAACACUGGGGGUGUUCGUAGGGGAGUCAGAAAUUUGACGGGUGUCGAGAUGGGUACUUACUUGAGGGAAACUCUGAGGAGCCUCUGUCUCAAAACAGAGUGGAAAUACGCAGUCUUUUGGAAGCUUAAACAUCGAGGCCGCAUGAAUUUGACUUGGGAGGAUGCUUACUAUAAUAACCAUGAACUUCAUGACCAUUCAGAGAACUUGUGCUAUAUAGAUACCCUUGUGGAUUUCAAUGAUGGGAGGUAUCAACAGGACCUACUUGGAUUAGCCCUGGCAAAGAUGACAUAUGCUGUUUAUCCUCUUGGUGAAGGCAGGAUUAUCGGCCAAGUGGCAUCGUCUGGAACACAUCAGUGGACUUUUGCAGACAGGCCUGCAUCUGAUUCCUGGUCAUCAUCUGAAUACUAUGAUGGGUGGCAAGCUCAGUUUUCAGCGGGGAUUAGGACCAUUGCUGUUGUUGCUGUAACUCCUCUUGGAGUUGUACAACUUGGCUCUUUAGAUAUGGUUUUCGAGGAUUUGAAUUUGGUGAGUCAUAUCAAGGAUACAAUUUGUUCAUUAAAAAUCUUCUCUACGAGGUUUCUUCCUGAUCCAAUACAAUAUUCUAUGAAGACCACCUCAAGUCUGUCAGAAAUACCGACGAAAACUUCAGAUGUAGAGAUCAUUAAAGAUUGUCUUGGCAUUCUAAAUGAAGGUGUAAGCAACAUAAAGGCAGAUGCUCAACCUAAUUCAGUGCCAUGUUUGGGGAAACACAAUAACAUCCCUCAUGUUCUUCCUCUCUAUGAUCUCUCUCCAAAAGCUUUUGAAAUGGUUGAUAAACAGAAAUGUGUGCAGAUGAAACUGCUCAAGCACAAAAAGUGUAGGGAGGAUACGAAUGGCUGGAAGGAUGUAUGUGUGAGUUCAAGACGCAUUCAUACACUAAUAUCACAUGAUUUCUGUGCUGAGGAUACAAACUUAAAUAAUUUUAUGCUGGAGUCUGGAGUGCAUUGCCCUUUACAGCCUGCAGAUUCUCUUGUAUCUAUGACUUGGAAAGGAGUUAAAUGUGAUAGGAUUAUUAAUCUUCAAAAUGAGGGACUCCAUGCAUCUCAGCCAUUUGAAAUGCAGCAAAGAAAACAUUUGGAGCAGAAGUUGGAGUUACAGACUAAAAUAAAAAAUGUGGAUACUGUUAAUAAUUGGUUAAAUUUCUCUGCUGGAUUUGAGCUGUAUGAAGCCCUCGGUCCAGCUCAUAUUCAACAGGAAUACAAUGAUGAUGCUUGGGGCAAGGCAUUGAUGACAGAAACUGGUGUACCUGUAGAACCAUUGGAGGGGAUGGACAUUAGUCAGUUUAGAUCAGAGUGUGGUUCUGAUCAUCUUCUCGAAGCAGUGGUAACCAAUGCCUGCCUUGGUGUUAACAGUGUUAAAAGUGGGACUUCAUUCUGUGAAUUAUCAGAGUCAGUUGUGACAACUGAAAAAUGCCCACAGACGUUUUUACGGGCUAAGCAUGCUUGUGCGUCAACAGGGGGUCCAAAUGGUGAGUUCUCUCUUGUAGAGGAUGCAAAUGACAAGACUUCUACUAGGGGUUCAACAGAAGCACAUGUAAGAUCUCGAAAGGAAUUAUCUUCCACAACUCUCAGCACAUGUAGUGAACCGUUGCGUGGACAGGUGAAACCAGCUAAAGCUGGCAAAAAGAGGGCUAGACCUGGUGAAACUAGUAGACCUAGACCUAGGGACAGACAAUUGAUCCAAGAUCGUAUUAAGGAUCUCAGAGAGCUUGUGCCUAAUGGUUUGAAGUGCAGUAUUGAUUCACUUCUGGAGCACACAAUCAAGCACAUGCUCUUUCUACAGAGUGUUACUAAGUAUGCUGAUGACAUAAAGAAGUGUGCCGAACCAAUGUUGCAAGAUCAGGGAAUCGAUUUACUAGGUUCUUACAGACCUGAAUAUGGUUCAAGCUGGGUUCUGGAGGUGGGAAGCCAGGCAGUUCGCCCAAUAGUGGUGGAGAAUCUGAACAUGAAUAGGCAGAUACUUGUAGAGAUGUUGUGCGAGGAAUGCAGCCUUUUCUUCGAUAUAGCAGAUUCCCUCAGUGGUCUGGGUCUUACAAUCUUAAAAGGUGUAAUGGAAGUUCGUGGUGAAAAGACAUGGGCAUGCUUUGUCGUUGAGAGUAACAAAGGCUUUCAUAGGAUGGACAUCUUGUGGUCACUUAUGCCGUUGUUGCAGCCCAAGACAAAGAUCUAAUGGCUACUGCUUUGACAGUUCUGGGAUGAUGGUCCAGAAGGUUUUGCGUGUAAUUUCUAGCAAUCAUCUUCAAAGUAUCACCGUUGGUGUUUCUGAAUCAUGCACCUCUCUCUGUUGAGCUAUCUGGUAUCCCUCCAAAUCCAAAAAAAAAAAAAAAAAAAGACAUACCAGUUGUCUCUUGUUACAUUUAAGUGUGAAGGUGACCUACUCUACUCUGCUGCUUGAUGGUUUAGUGAUUGCAAAUUCGGAACCAAAACACAUUGCAAGUGUAUUAAGUAAGAUCUUCAUAUUUCUGGU